GUCGCGUGAAAACGUGCCAUGAGUCUGGUGUAUUCACUCCGUCUUGACAAAUCUGGACUAUCUCCUGUUGGUCAGUGGACAUACCUGUGCGUUCUGACCAAUGGGGAGGCUCUGUAUUUUGGGUGUGAGGGGUAGGACAGCCUGGUGCACUCUGCUUCUACUCCUCUGCUGCUCUGGAGGAGAUUGUGAGUCUGAAACACGAACUCCAGGACCCACAGACAUCCAGGGGGUCAAACCAUUCCACAAUGAGCCCCAGCCUCAGCCCUUCCCCGAAGAGGAGAAGGCCAACAUGCCAGUCUUCACCAUGGACUAUUCACGUAUUCAGGUGCCUUUUGAGUUCACACUGUGGGUCCUGCUCGCCUCUUUCGCCAAAAUAGGCUUCCAUAUUUACCAUAAGAUCACUAUAUGGAUCCCAGAGUCUUGUCUGCUCAUCUGCAUUGGGCUUAUUGUGGGCGGCAUCAUGCAUUCUGUGAAGGAGAAGCCCCCUGCAGUUCUGAGCUCAGACGUGUUCUUCCUCUAUAUGCUGCCCCCCAUCGUCCUGGACAGUGGCUACUUCAUGCCCACAAGGCCCUUCUUUGAGAACGUGGGCACUGUGCUCUGGUACGCCGUGGUGGGUUCCCUCUGGAACUCUGUGGGCAUUGGUAUGUCCCUGUUCGCCAUCUGCCAAAUAGAAGCAUUCGGGGUGCAAGAUAUUAACCUGCAGGAGAACUUGCUGUUUGCUUCCAUAAUCUCAGCUGUGGACCCUGUGGCAGCUCUCUGUGUGUUUGAGGACAUCAGUGUAAAUGAGCAGAUCUACAUUGUCAUAUUUGGAGAGGGGUUGUUCAACGACGCUGUCACUGUGGUCUUGUACAACAUGUUCAGCUACGUGGCGGACAUACCCGCAGUGGAGUCUGUAGACGUGUUCCUGGGGGUGGCACGCUUCUGUGUGGUGAGCCUGGGUGGUCUCCUCUUCGGGGUGCUGUUUGGGAUCGUGGCAGCCUUCACCACUCGCUUCACAAACAACUCCCGCCAGAUAGAGCCCCUGUUUGUCUUCAUGUACAGCUACCUGGCCUACCUAGUGGCCGAGCUCUUUGCCAUCUCCAGUGUUCUGUCUAUCAUCACAUGUGCGAUCACCAUGAAGUACUAUGUGGAGGAGAACGUGUCCCAGCGCUCCUGCACCACCAUCCGCCAUGUUGUGAAGGUCCUGGCCAGUAUCUCCGAGACGCUCAUUUUCUUCUUCCUGGGCGUGGUCACCAUACAACAGAGCAACGAGUGGAACUGGGCCUACAUCCUCUUUACGCUGCUGUUCGCCUUCAUCUGGAGAGGACUAGGGAUUCUAGUGCUGACGCAGAUCAUCAACCCUUUUAGGACCAUCCCAUUCAGCUUCAAAGACCAGUUUGGUUUGGCCUACAGUGGCCUGAGGGGAGCAGUGUGUUUCGCCCUGGUCUUCACGCUGCCUGACACCAUCAACCGCAGAAAACUCUUCGUCACCGCCUCCAUCGCCAUUAUCUUCUUCACCGUAUUUAUACAGGGCAUCAGUAUUCGGCCCAUUGUGGAAUACAUGAACAUCAGACGCAGCAACAAUGAAAAAUACAACAUUAACAUGGAGAUUCACAGCCGGACGAUGGAGCACAUUGUCUCCGGGAUCGAGGACUUGUGCGGGCAAUGGAGUCACUACUACUGGAAAGACAAGUUUAAGAAGUUCAAUGAUCGUAUAUUGAGGAGGAUCCUGCUCCGAGACAGCAGGGCAGAAUCCAGUAUUGUGUCAUUGUAUAAGAAGCUGGAGCUGCAGAGCGCCAUUGAGAUGUUGGACACCCCCAUGGGAGACCUGAGCGCUGCUCCCUCGGUCGUCUCCCUACAUGAUGAGAUGAAGGAAGCGUCUCGGCCAAAGAAAAAGUUCCCGACUGCUGAUGUGAGGAAUAUGCACAAUAUCCUGGCAAAGAACAUGUACAAGAUCCGGCAAAAGACUUUGGCUUACACCAACAAAUACAAGCUACCCGACGAAAGCCGCACACGUGAGAUCCUGAUCCGCCGCCAUUCCAGCAUCAGACGCAGCCUCCGAGCCUCAAGUUUUAGAGACCCACUUUCUGAAAACAUUCCUAAAUCUCAGAGAUAUUAUUCACUGCAGCCGGGCAGUGACCUGGAGUCAGCCUUUGCUCUGAGAAGAAGAAGUCAUGGUGCAGGUGGCUCCUCCACUCGCUCGGCCAUUCCCCUCAGCCCCAUAAAGGAGAGGAGCCCGGGCCCUGCUCCUCACAGGACCCCCACAGUGCAGCAGAGUGAGGAUGAAGAGGGGGCCAUGCCACAUGGCUGGCAGCCCGAGGACCCCCAAGGAAACACAGUGUCCAGGAACCCUUUACUCAGAUGAGUGUGGUCCUGGCCCUGGAUGAGAGUGGGGCCAGAUACAAUGAACUAUAGAAUCUAUGGAUAAUCAUGUAUAAAACUAAUUUCACUUUUGUCAAAAGCCUAAAGAAUAUAUGUAAAUAGAAGGCAUAGAGGUUGUCCUGAUGUCUGUUGAGGUUUAGCUCUAUCUGCUGGUCAUGUU